AUGCAUUGGAAAAGUCUAUGGCUGGGUACCUCGGACAGCGACGAAUCCAAAAAACGAAGCAUGACCGAACCUCAAUCGUUGUCCCGGCACAGCGAGCAACUGCCUCGUCCUACCCUUUCAACCACCAACCUCGCUCCCAGACAUUCAGAGUCUGCUCCUCGUUCCCCACCGUUGACUGGGUCAGAGGAAGUAGAAGAAGGGGAUCAUGAUGCCGAUAAUGAUGACGCCGUACAACUCGCUGGAUCUCGCUCUCGUAACUCGACGGCCAACACCCGAAGAGUGAACCCCGCGAUGACCCCCGAAGACGGUUCAAACUGGCGUAGAAAUCGCUUUAGCUUUAUGAGACUCCGUCAUGCCUCCGACCCGCAGCUUUCGAAGUCGUACGCAAAGGGAGAGGAGGAUAUCCCUCCAGUACCGUCCCUACCACCCCCGACCAUAAUCACCACUGCACCCACAACCCAGGACACCGACCAGCUCGUCAAGCGAAAGACCAAGUUCAAGCUAUUUCCAGAUUCCAAAAAGCCGUCCGCCGAGGAACUUUCUGCCCGGUCCUCUCCACAACAUCCCAAUCCAUAUGCGAAGUCUCGACAUGCAGCUCAGGAAUCAACUGACAGCCAGCGGGCGGAUCCUACUCUAUCAGCGUCUCAAGCCAGUAGCGAAGAGCCGGGACGGUUAUCUACGACGUCGAUUCGGAGCAGUGGUCGCGACCACCCGCAGGAUUCCCAGCGAUCAUCAGUGACGGAUGCUCGGUUUUCCGAGUCUUCUCGUUCUGACCAGAGUCUUGGAGAUCCUGGCGCCAGCCGUGAACCGGCGACUUCCGUUAGUAAACGAUUUCGCAUGCCGCGGUUGAAACGAAAUCGCAGCCCGCUAUUCCCUUUGCCUCCAAAGCCAACCAUCUCACAGCCGGCAGCACCGGACUCGACUGCAGCCAAGUCCGUCCCGAAACCCGAGUACGCGGACGAACAGGAUCACGUCUCUCCGCUGCCAUCUCCCUCUCGAUCGUCGGUGGGCGUGUCGUCGCCACGACCUCCUCUGCCCAGAAAGAACUCGGCAAACUCUACCCAUUCCGUCCGCUCUACCCCUUCCAGUAGGAGCCAGACAAGACCGACGACCCGACCAAGAUCUUCGACGUUGGAUUCCCUAGUCAACGCACAGGAUGGCGGACGGUUGUCCCCUCAUCUAAGUUCUUCCGCACGGACGUCCACCUCUACCAGCGGGCGGAAGAGCUUCGGCGAUAUUUUCAGCAUCACGCAGCUGUUGAGGCAAAAUUCCGAACCCCCCUUCCCUCGACUCGGAACUCCUAGUGUCAGUGCUUCCGGGACUCCUCCUGCGAACCCCAGUCUGCCGUCAUACCCAGAGAAGCGGGAAGACGACACACCGGCGACGUACUUGACUCGGUUGGAAGAGACCAUCCCGAAGAGUGUAAUUGCCGGAGUGCUGGCCCAGGCAAAUGACGACUUCUAUAAGAACGCACUAAGAAAGUAUAUGAGAGGGUUUUCCUUUUUCGGAGAUCCUAUUGAUAUGGCUAUCCGCAAACUCUUGAUGGAGGUGGAGCUGCCGAAGGAGACCCAACAGAUCGACCGUUUUCUGCAGAGUUUUGCUGACAGGUACCAUGAGUGUAACCCGGGGAUCUUCGCCUCAACCGAUCAAGCUUACUUUAUCGCCUUCUCUAUCUUGAUCCUGCAUACCGAUGUUUUCAACAAGAACAAUAAACGCAAAAUGCAGAAACCAGACUACGUGAAAAACUGUCGCGGUGAAGGCUUAGCGGAGGACAUUCUGGAGUGUUUCUACGAAAACAUCUCCUACACCCCUUUCAUCCACAUCGAGGAGGCGAAUGCAAACGGGCGUCACGUUUCGAAAACCCGACGUCCUUUGCUGAAGACCGCUAGCUCGGACCAUUUGGCUCGCGUCUCGCGGGAACCAGUGGAUCCCUAUACCCUAAUCAUGGACGGAAAGCUCGACUCUCUACGACCAAGUCUCAAGGACGUCAUGAACCUGGAGGAUACCUAUCGCUGUGAUGGCACAGAUGGGCCGCCCGACAUGGACAGCCUCCACCACGAUUUUGCCAAGUCCGGUAUCUUGCAGAUCCUGUCCCCCCGGUCGCGGCCUGAUGCGUUCAUGCCGUCUAGCCUGGAAAACCCCGCCGACUCCAACCCCGGGGUGGUGGACAUCAAGGUCGCCAAGGUCGGUUUGCUUUGGCGCAAGGACCCAAAGAAGAAGAGAGCUCGAUCGCCAUGGCAGGAAUGGGGCGCUCUCCUGACUCUGUCGCAGCUCUACCUUUUUAAGGAUGUGACGUGGAUCAAGUCCCUCAUGGCCCAACACGAAGCUCACCACAGGGAUGGGUCCCGUCGAGCGGUUGUGUUCAAACCGCCUCUCACAGACUUCAAACCGGACGGCAUCAUGUCGACUGGGGGUGCCGUGGCUUUGCUAGAUUCCAGCUAUAAGAAGCACAAACAUGCCUUUGUUUUCGUGCGCCACAAUGCUCUGGAGGAAGUGUUCUUAGCCAACACGGAUGCGGACAUGAAUGAUUGGUUGGCCAAGCUCAAUUACGCGUCAACGUUUCGAACUACUGGUGUACGGACGAAAGGAAUGAUCGCUACUAAUUAUGAAGCCCAGCGCAAUCGAAUGUGCCGCCGAGGUUCCGUUCAUUCCAGCGGCUCGCGGGUGUCCACCGACAGGGAGCCAGCCUCGCCUAACCCAGAUACAGAUGUCGCUCGAGACGUAGUUCUAGCCCGGAGGCACCUUCUACGUCAAAGGAUCCGAGAGGCGAAUGAAAAGCUCUUUGUGGGCCAGAGGCAGCUGGAUGAACUUUUGCGGAAUGCCCGACAUCUGCAGGUCCUGACACCCGUGCAUGCUAGGGCACGAGAGAACGUCAUUAUGGCUGCAGGACGCAUGGAAGCGAAACUGAAGUGGGUGAGACAGGAUAUCUGGCGCACCAAGUGUUAUCGGGAAGUCCUGGUUCGGGACCUGGACGGCGAAGAACUUGAAGACGAGAAGCAGGGGGUCACGGAGCAGAAUCCCUUGCAUCUGCAGAUCCCGACGACGAACGUUGUGCCGUCGACUCUAGAUGCGUCAGAAGUAGCUCAUGCCGACAAGCUGGCAUCUCCCGUCAAGCUGGCGUCUCCCGUUGAGGAUGUAUUCCCACAUGCGGACCCUGGUAGCCCUACAUCAGUGCAUCAGAUCGCAGUCGCACAGCCUUCUGAAGCCCGCAGACCGAGCGUCGUUCCCUCCAUCGCACCCUCUGUCGCCUCGUCCGAGCUGGCCCCUCGUGCUGGUAGGCGAUUCUCCGUCGACCAGCCCAAAGAGCGGACUGACUCCUGGUCACCGACCCCAACAAAUCGACUGGAGCGUGAAGCAUCCGUCCUCAGUGCUGCUAGUAAAUUUGAUGUUUCCAGCCUGGGGUCACGAGGUUCCAAGCUCACGGUUCCCGCAAGCUUCGACGAUGGGGAAGAACGCCUUCUUCGCGAGACUGGUUUGCUUGAUGUCAACAGCUCGCAUGAAUCGCGGAAGCUGUCUUCCGCCGGCCAGGGGGGCGAUGGCGAUUCCAAGGCCGACGAUGCGUCGGAUGCGUAUGCGGGUGAGCGGAUGAGCCGAGUCCGCCGUAGUCUACAUCGCACCUUGCGAGACACUUCGAGUGGAAAUCACGGUAACUAUCCUCGAAGCAAGAAAUCACGCGACUCUGCAUCCAACAUGACCGCGCCGGAGGACGGACAGGGAGCUACGGAAGGAGUACGAGGAGAAGGUCUGUCACGGAAGUCGGCGAGCUUCACCGUUCACGGCAAGAAGGCUUCUAUCGUGACGUUUGGGUCGGAGUGGCAAAAUAUACCACCGGAGGAGCGACUGAAACUGCGCAAGCCGACUCCGUCGGACGAGCAGAGGGUCCGCGAACCCGGAAUUGGCAGCAGCGCCGACUCCAUUGUUUCGGAGCCGGUGAACUUGGGAGACGUACUCUCUCUACGCCGACCUAGUACGGCCACCAGGCAGAGCAUCCCGACUGCGGAGGACUCCGACGGUGCCAAAGAGGCUGCGGGGAGACUCUACGGGGAGAUCAAAGCCAAAAGCGAGGACACGCUGGACUUGGAUUCGAAGUUGACGGAGCCCGCUGCUUCACUCGUCCAUGUUGUCCCCCCGAUCCAGGAGAGCGCCACAGUGUCAGACGAAGAUCGGGGGUCGCACUCAAUAGCGGCUGAGAAUCACGGCGUUGAGAGAAACACGGGCCAGAAAAUGCCGGCUAGUACUCCGGAGCAGACAGUGCAUGCAUGA